AUGAGCUCCACCAAGGAUCGUCUCGACGUCGGGUCCAAGGUGACGCUCCCGCAGGACGUGGACAUCAGAGGUCAUGUUACCAUAGGCACAGGCACCGUCGUCCACCCGAAAGCGGCGAUCCUCGCCCUGAGCGGUCCGAUUACAAUUGGCGCAAGCUGUAUCAUUGAGGAGAAUGUGACGAUCAUCAACAGAUCGCCCUCCCCUCUGGUCAUCGGCUCACACAACCUCUUCGAAGUAGGCUCGCACAUCGAAGCACGCUCGAUAGGAGAUCACAAUACGUUUGAAGUGAAAUCGCGCGUCUCGUCGCAGGUUGCCAUCGGCUCCUUCACGACGAUCAGUGCGGGCUGUGCAGCGACGGCUGCGGGGACCAGGGGUUAUACGCAGGAGGAGUUGGGAGAUUUACUGGGGGAUGACGAUGAAGAGGCGGAGGCAGGGCUGAAGGUGGGGGCAAGAGCAAUGAAGCGCACCCCGUCUGGAGCUACGGAGACGAUCCUCGAGGAGGGGGAGGAAGGGGAAGCAGGAGAAGGUGGAGGAGAGGCUGUGACAGCUCCGAGUGCCGCGCCAGUCGUUACGCUACCUGACUACACGGUCUUUACAGGCAGUGUCGGCGUCUGGAGUGGGCAAGGCCGUUUACAAGAGGAAGCUUUGCAUGCUAAGCAUCUAGACUACCUCAGACAAGCCAUGUCACCUCUCGCCUCGCAACUCCCCUCGUGGUCCAAGCUCGACCAGCUCAGCAAGAGCAACAAAGUCGUGCUGCGCGACGCAUUCGCAAAGGACUCGAAGCGCUUCGACACUUACUCUCGUCAUUUCCAGGGGGACCGCAAUAAGGACAUUAGCGUGCUCCUCGACUUUUCAAAAAACUUGAUCGAUGAAGAGAUCUGGGCUACGCUGCUCAGUCUGGCAAAGGAGGCAAAGGUGGAGGAGCAGAGAGAUGCCAUGUUCAACGGCGAGCAGGUCAAUGCCAGUGAGGGCAGGUCCGUCCUCCACGUCGCGCUCAGGGACCUCGAUGACGAUUUCAAGGGAAAGGACAAGGUCGAGGGGGUCGACGAGGUGAUCCCUGAGCUCAAGCACAUCCGCGACUUCUCCGAGGCUGUGCGCAACGGACAGUGGACAGGCUACACGGGCAAGCCCAUCAAGAGCAUCGUCAACAUCGGCAUCGGCGGCUCUGACCUUGGGCCGGCAAUGGUAUGCGAAGCCCUCAAGCCCUACGCUAAGCGCGACCUCGACGCCCACUUUGUCUCCAACAUCGACGGCACUCACAUGGCAGAGGCGCUGCGCGUGUGCGACCCAGAGUCGACGGUCUUCAUCGUCGCAUCAAAGACGUUCACCACGCAGGAGACGAUCACCAAUGCCACUACAGCGCGAGACUGGUUCCUCGAGCACGCAAAGGACAAGAAGCACGUCGCCAAGCACUUUGUUGCCCUCUCCACCAACGUCAAGGCUGCCACUGAGUUCGGCAUCGCCAAGGAGAACAUGUUCAAGUUCUGGGACUGGGUCGGCGGUCGCUACUCCCUCUGGUCGGCCAUCGGCCUCUCCAUCGCAAUCGUCAUCGGCUACGAGCGCUUCGAGGAGAUGCUGCGCGGCGCAAAUGAGAUGGACCGCCAUUAUGCCUCAACGCCUCUGGACCAGAACAUCCCUGUGAUCCUGGGCCUCAUCAACCUCUACUACAACAACUUCCUCGGUGCACAGACGCACGCCAUCCUCCCCUACGACCAGUACAUGCACCGUUUUGCCGACUACUUCCAGCAGGGGGACAUGGAGUCCAACGGCAAGUUCAUCACCAAGAGCGGGGAGCGCGUUCAGUACCAGACUGGCCCCAUCAUCUGGGGACAAGCGGGAACCAACGGGCAGCACGCCUUCUAUCAGCUGAUCCACCAGGGAACAAAGCUGAUCCCCUGCGACUUCCUCGCACCAAUCGAGACACAGAACCCCAUUCGUGGAGGGGAACAUCACCGUAUCCUGCUUAGCAACUACUUUGCCCAGCCUGAGGCGCUGGCCUUUGGCAAGACGGAGGAGCAGGUGCGAGAGGAGACUACAUCGAAGGAGGACCUGGACAACUCUUUCCUCAUCAAGAGCAAGGUCUUCGAUGGGAACAAGCCUACCAAUUCGAUUCUGUUCCAGAAGCUGACCCCGGGGACACUGGGUGCUCUCAUUGCCAUGUACGAGCACAAGAUUGCCACCGAGGGAUUCAUCUGGGGCAUCAACUCCUUUGACCAGUUCGGCGUUGAACUGGGCAAGGUCCUGGCAAAGAAGAUCCUGCCCCUCCUCAGCGCCGAUGCUGCCAAGGUGGACGCGGAGAAGCACGACGGGUCGACUUCUGGUCUCAUCAAGCAUUACUUGGCUAAUGCGAACAAAAAGACGAGCUCGUGAUGCGCGAGAGCGGGGCGGUGAGCUGGAAUGUAGUCGAGUGUAGGGAAGCGAUGGUAAAUGGAAGUCCUUUAUUUUGAGCCGGCGACGCCAACGACGUCAGACUUUGAUCGAUUGAAGACCAUUCCGUGCUUGCUGGGAUGGAUGACAUUGCCGUUCGACGUUAGGGAGUGGUAUCUUGGGAGGUUGGAAAGGAGGGACAGUGGCGUGGCGUGGCGUGCCACGCGCGCGCGUCUAGAUUGUGUCGUCGUGGUAGACGAAGCGAGAGUCCUUUGGAGAGAGCGGGGCAU